UAGACUGUCAGUACGACGUCAUAGAAACAAACAAUAAUGUCGGAGUCCCUGGCCGCCAUCCCCGACGUGGAGAUUGAUCCGGAGGGAACCUUCAAGUACAUUUUGGUCCGAGUGAAAGUGAAAGGCGCGGAUUUCAGCAAAGAAAUAGUCCGCGGUACAAAAAGUGCAGAGUAUCACAAUCAUAUUUUUGAGAAGGUCAAACCUGCUGUGGAGGCCUCGGGGAUGGAGUGUCAAUGCCUUGGUGGAGGGAAGAUAGAACACAAGAGUCAAGAGAAAAAAAUAAGGGUGUUUGGAGAGUCCACUGGUUUCGGUAAAGCCGACCAUUCCGUGUCAGCGGAGAAGUUGAAGAGCGUCUUCAGCGACUACGAGAUCACCUGGAGUGACGACAAAAAAUAAAAAUGUAAAAAAUUACACCUUUAUGAAUUAAAAACCCAAGAGUCACA